GUCAAUUAGGCAUCAGUCUCCUAAUUACUUACUACACUUUUAUACACAUAGGACUAAAUCUCUUAAUUAACAAGCGAGGUUUUAGUUCUAGCCUCCUUUUAGCCUCACUUUCAGCUGCGAGGACAGUGCGUGGAAGCUGGCAUGACGAUCCUGAGGAGCUACGGGUUAAUAUAUACUAGGAGAACAAGCUCACGGCAUUUCGUUCUCAUCGUCUGAACCCCGGAUUUGGGUACUACUUCGGGACGAUCUUUGAUGCCGAAAUCCUAAAUAUGCAGAAUUCUCCGAGGACUAAUGAACGCCCAACGAGUCCUAUCAGGCGCCAGCGCGCUUGUGCGCCUUGCACCAAAGCUAAGGCUCGCUGUCACUUUGAAGACAACAAAGCCGAGGACGGCUGUGAUAGAUGUCGGCGAAUGAACAUCACUUGUGCUGCCCAAACAACUCAAAGUCUUAGGAGACCGCGACAAGUUAAACCUGCAAGUACCGUGCCUUCGAAACGCGGUCAUGGUAAUCCUCCUAUGCGAGGUCCCAACUAUGGGCAUGUCUUAUUAGGAGCCGGUCCAUAUGGACUACAAGAAACAGAUGCUGGUUCGAAUGAGAGCACCACAUCUCCGUCUAUUUCUUCAGAGUCGCAGACAAGUCCUUCGCAAAAUGCAACAUCUACAAGCACCAUUGGAGACAGCUAUCAUGCUCCGCUGGCGCAACACAAUUCCUCCUUCCGGCCGCAACAACUACGACCAAGUUUUCCUGCCCCAAGACCACUGCAGCCUGGGUUUGGGUUAACAUGGGGACAGGCCGAGCAGGCGGUAUCCCACUUCAAGCUGAAGUUCAUGCCUAUCUUUCCAUUCGUCGUCAUUGAGCCUGAGGUCUCUGUACAUGAGAUCCUGUCUAAGAAGCCUUUCCUAUUUAGAGUUAUUAUGCUUAUUGCGGCUCAACUCACUCUGGCGAAGCAGAAGGAGAUUAGGAGAAGUGUGCUCGCUUACAUAGGACAGCACAUGCUAGUGAUGGAGGAGCGAGAUAUGGGUUUGCUCCAAGGGCUAUUGGUUUAUAUAGCCUGGGGAGAACGUGAUUUCUACUUCGACCAGAAGAUAACCUAUUUAUCGUACUUGGCAAUGGGGUAUGCUCAUAACCUUGCUAUUACGAGACCACCUCCAACGCUGCAGCAGAAGAUGAUGGUAACCAUCAAUCCAAAGGACGCAAAAGAAGCCAUGAUGGGAGUUCACCUGACUACUAUGCUUGACGAGUCACAUACACCCGAAGAACAGCGGGCUUUCUUGGGCUGCCAGUACCUCCUUUCAUUAAACUCUUCCCAAUUUGGGAGAGACACAGUAUUAAAGGGAGAUUACGUAAAUCACUGCCUCAACUCACUGGUUCGGCCAACGGAUCUGGGUGCGGACUUCAUCUUGUAUAAAAUGAUUAGGUUCCAGCAGAUCGUUGAGCAGAUAUCGGAGGUACUUCCUAUCCCUACCUCUUAUAGCGAUGGUCUUGCGGUAUUCACUCUUUCCAUGAGCAAUAACAUGCAGGCGAUUCGUAAUCAACUGGACCAGUUAUUUGCGAAUGUAGGUCGAGAGCAUCGACAGUUUGUAAGGUUUUGGUCUAUGCAUCAUUAUAUUCUAGUCCGUUUAUACUUGCCGGCUUCGAACCUAUCUCAGCCACCAGAUGCGGUAGCGGCACAGCAUCAACGGCAGUGUAUGCUCUUUGCUCUUCAAGCAGCCCGGCAAUUCUUCGCGACGAUUCUUUCGUUAGGCCCGGAAGCUUUCUUAUACCGAACAUUUGUCACAUAUUCUGAGAUUCUGUUUGUGCUUGUCGGAGCUUCGAGACUCUUGCUGAUUGAGAUCGAUGGCUGGGAUCUCAACAAGGCACGGCAGAUGGUUGAUCUGCCAUCCACCUUAGAGAACCUCAUAGAGAUCUUUAAAGACGUUGCUAAACUGAGGAAUCAGAGGGCCGCAGAGGCCGCGGCCACGUUUGGAGUAAGCAUGACGCCAAAUACAGAGGAAGAUGAAUUAGACGACCGUUUCCACCACUACAAUACGAAGCUUACUUGGAUAAAGAACUGGUUUCAGGCCCAGCUACUGAAAGGGAUCCAGGCCCCGGGCGAGCCGCAAACGAGCGAUCCUAGUAGUACUUGGACUCCCGAGAAUCAGGUUUGGACCCCGUUCAUAUUUGGAUUUCUGGGGGACCCGAACUGGAACAUCGAAUUUUAGCAUAUUUUCAAAAUCUCUUUUUUUAGGGAACGCAUCACUAUCGAUCUUACGAAGAGCCAAGAUCCAUUUAACAACA